AUGUUUUCCUCUUCGAUAUUUGUGGCGGUUCUCGCCCUGGUCGAAAUAGUGGCUGGUGAAGCACCAUCAGGAAGUUCUUCAACAACAGCAACCACACCCGCCGCACAGGCUGCUGCUGCCGCUGCAAAGGCUCUCAAAGUCAAAGCCGCAAUGUUCAACCAGGAUUUCUAUGAUUACAUUUUUAUUGUUCUUGCGGCUUUGAUCGGUGGUAUGAUUAUUUGGAGGGUGGUCAUGGAGUCUGUCAAAUACAUUCGAACCAUGGCAUCACUCAACAACGAGACGCAACGAUAUUUCGCUAUUCCUUCUUCCGGCUUUGCGAAAUUCAAGAAGCAUGUUCUUUAUGCUCCGGUCUUGAGCAAGAGACAUAAUAGGGAAAUCCAAAUGGGAAGAGCCAUUAACGUCGGUACUCUUCCUACUAGAUUUCAACUUGCCUUUCUCUUGGCUUACUUCGCAACCAACAUUGCGUUCUGUGUUGUGAGCAUUACCUGGGAUCAGUCAUAUGCUACCGUAGCCCAGCAGCUUAGGAAUAGAACCGGUAUCCUUGCCGUCGUUAACAUGAUUCCCCUCUUCAUAAUGGCUGCCCGAAAUAACCCUUUGAUCAACUGGCUUAAUUGCUCUUUUGAUACUUUCAACCUUUUGCACAGAUGGACUGGUAGAAUCGUAACCCUUCAAAUGAUUGCCCAUGUUGCUGCUUGGGCUGCCGCCAAAGUUCAUGCUUCUGGCUGGUCUGCCGUUUGGGCGUCGAUUGGCAAGAGUUCUAUGCUCACGUAUGGUGCCAUCGCUACGAUCGCCGCCGUUGUAAUCAUGAUCCAGGCUAGCUCGCCUAUACGCCAUGCCGCAUAUGAGAUCUUCAAAUACCUUCACAUCGCACUGGUUAUCGUUGUCAUCAUCGGCAUCUAUUACCACUUGAAAUUAGCUGACCUCCCACAAUUACCACUUCUCUGGGGUGCCAUUAUCCUUUGGGUUACUGAACGCGUCUAUAGAGUACUUACCGUUGCAUACCGAAACUUCGGAAAGGGUGGAUCUAGAACAUUAGUAGAAGCCCUUCCAGGAAAUGCCGUUCGUGUUACCGUUGAUAUGGCACGUCCAUGGAAAUUCAAGCCUGGUCAACACGCAUAUCUUUACAUGCCAUCCAUCGGACUAUUCCAAUCUCACCCUUUCUCAGUCGCUUGGUCAGAAGAAGCAGAUGAUUUAUCAGACGAGAAAUUAGCUAUGAACCGUCAAGAUAUUCUCGCUAUGCAAAAGACAAGCAUGUCAUUUGUCAUUCGAGCUCGAACUGGAUUUACUGAAAAGCUUUUCAAGAAAGCCGAGGCCUCCCCAGAUGGAAAACUCUAUACCAAGUGUUGGGCUGAGGGUCCAUACGGAGGAAUGCAUAUGAUGCACUCUUACGGCACAGUCAUGUUAUUUGCCGGAGGAGUCGGUAUCACUCAUCAAGUCCCACAUGUAAGAGACCUCGUUGCCGGAUACGCAAAUGGAACCGUCGCAGCCCGAAAAAUUGUUCUCGUCUGGACUAUUCAAUCGCCCGAACAUCUCGAAUGGAUUAGACCAUGGAUGACCUCCAUUCUCGCAAUGGACAAACGUCGCGAAGUCUUGAGAAUUAUGUUGUUCGUCAGUAGACCAAGAUCGACAAAGGAAAUCCAUAGUCCGUCGGCUACCGUACAGAUGUUCCCUGGUAGACCGAACAUCGAGACCUUGUUGGAAAUCGAAAUGGAAAAUCAAGUAGGAGCAAUGGGAGUAUCAGUGUGUGGAAGUGGUGCGUUGAGUGAUGAUGUGAGGAGCGCGGUGAGGAAACAUCAGUACAACGGAAAUAUUGAUUUCGUAGAAGAGGCUUUCUCCUGGUAG